AUGGGUACUCCGUCAGCCCAUGCUAUGCCCGAGCACUGGACGGAACUCAACGUUGCUAGGCGUCAAAAGAAGCUUUGUGCCGAUGCAGUGGGUGCCAUCAAGGCAGAAUGCAAGGCAGAAUGCGGCAAAGAAAACUUCACCGAAUGCCAGAAAUGUUACGGCAAGCUGAUGGACACAGUACGGGCUAGAUACGGCGAGAGUGAGGACAGAGAAUGGUUUGCACAGAGAAGGGCGUUUUUGCACGAACUCGACGGCCUAUUUCAGGAUGCCAAAGAGCGAAAGCGGAGCCUCAAGUCUAUUGAAGCCAGGAUAGAAUCCGAAAAGGAGGCUUGGUACCGCUGGGUUCUGAGGAGAUACCCGGAAUUUAUCGCCGUAUCUGAUCGUGGAUUCAACCAGGAAGAGCUACGCGGCAUGCUGGAUGAUCCGGAUAGAUCGCGAGAGGAGCUGGUAAAGACAAUGCUAGAGGGCAUUGGGAAGCCCUCUGACUGGCCUGAUGGCGUUGACAACUUUGCGGAAAAGGUGGGCGCUGUUAAAGAUGACGCUGCUGAAUUGAAGAAGCUAUAUAUUGCCGAGUUCUUUAUCAACCAGUCAACAGGCGAAGCCUUUACAAACGCGCAGAAAUAUCUUGAUGAGUAUAGAAACAGCGAGGGCAUGACGCUCGAGGACAUUAUCGACAAAAUCGUCAUGGACUUUCAACAGAGCAGAAACGCACAGCCGCAGCGCGAGAGCCACCAACGGCGCCUGGAUGAGCUUCGAAGAGCCAAAACAGCAUUUGAGCAGAACAAGAUGCAGACUAAGAGUCUGCGGGGAGCUCAGACUGAAAAUGCUGGUUCCGAGUUGUACGACCUACCGCCCUGUUUAGUUUGUGGGAACAGACUUGACACCAAUGACGUUCUGUCAUGUACUCUUUGCCAGGCACUUGUCCAGAUUGGCGGAGACGCAGGGCUGACAGUUUACUGCUCAGAGAAAUGCUACUCCAAGGGCCAUGAUAAGCACGUUGAGUCUCGGCAUGACUGCGACGCUGGCGAUAAGUGUGUACAACUUACUGACGAAGAUGUCGAAAUGGGGGAUGCGAUAUCAAAGGCGGUUCUCUGCACGGCGUGUCUGGACUCGAAGCAGGCUACGGUGUAUUGUUCUGAGCGGUGCGCCGUCGUGAACAUCGCGGCUCAUAGACAAGGCAAACACGGAGUGAAAACUGUGAGGGAAGAAGCGUCGAGUCUGACUAGUCCGUUGCAAACGUUUGUGGACUCUACGCUGGAGACCAAAAAUCCCGGUUUGAAAAUGACCCAACUGGAUUGA